AGCCAGCCCCGGCGAGGCGAGCGGGACCUUACGGGUGGCAACGUUCAAGCCUUACCGAGUAGCAGCGGGUCCCACCCAGAGACUUCUCAACGCUCCCGGCCACCACUGCUCCUGGAGCUGCGCCCGACAUGAACCAGGCCCGCUGGACCGGGAAGAGAACCGACAUGCUCCCGGAGAUCGCAGCCGCCGUAGGUUUCCUCUCCAGCCUCCUGAGGACCCGGGGCUGCGUGAGCGAGCAGAGACUUAAGGUUUUCAGCGGGGCUCUCCAAGAGGCACUAACAGAGCACUACCAACAUCACUGGUUUCCUGAAAAGCCAUCCAAGGGCUCUGGCUACCGCUGCAUCCGCAUCAACCACAAGAUGGACCCCAUCAUCAGCAAGGUGGCCAGCCAGAUCGGACUCAGCCAGCCCCAGCUGCACCGGCUGCUGCCCAGUGAGCUGACCCUGUGGGUGGACCCCUACGAGGUGUCCUACCGCAUCGGGGAGGACGGCUCCAUCUGUGUCCUGUACGAGGAGGCUCCAGUGGCCACCUCCUACGGGCUCCUCACCUGCAAGAACCAAAUGAUGCUGGGCCGGAGCAGCCCACCAAAGAACUAUGUGAUGGCGGUCUCCAGUUAGAUCCCCGCUGCCCGGCCCUGGCGCUCUACUGUACUCAUUCUGCCAUGACAACAGGCCACUGCAUACCUCAACCUGGGGAACUCUAUUUUUAAAUGAAGAGUUAUUUAUAUAUAUAUUAUUUUUUUUUAAGAAAAGAGGAGAAAAACAAAAGAUUUUUUAAAGAAAAAAAUCCUUAAAGGGAGCUGCUUGGAAGUGGCCUCCCCAGGUGCCUUUGAAGAGAACUUUUGUGUACUUGAGUCUGGGAGCCAGUAUCUGCCUUUGGGAGGGGGAGUAGCUGGGGGGUGGACACAGCCAAGGUGAAGUGGGAGAGGGAGCAAGCAAGGGGAGCAACUGUGAAUGAGAGAGGUCAGGAUCUGCCUAGAUGGGAGAAGAGAGGCUCGGUUCAGAUGUCUCACUCACCCACCCAGGCCACUUGCAGACCUGGCCUGCUCUUACUCAGGGCCAUUCAAGCCUGGACUUAAAUAAUAGUAUGUUGCCUGUCUUCUCUUUUAUUUUUCCAAUGAGAUCCUGGGCAGAGAGUGAAAAGGCCUCUCCUUAUUCCUUCUGUCCGAAGCAGCUUUUCUGGAAGUCAUGACUUGUUUCUAAAUCUACCCUCAGGGGCGUGUAGAUGUUGCUUCCCAGCCUUGAGCCUAAAGCUUUUGUUUGUUUGUUUGGGGGUGGGGGUGAGAAGCAAGGCUGGGGUUGGAGGUUAUGGGGGGGGGGGGGGGCCAGAAGGGAAUGCUGCACAAAAUCUUUGCUUUGCUGUAUGCUGCUCUGCAUGUGAAUAAUUUGGGGGAUGAUUUGCAAUGGAAUUUUGGGACCCAAAGAGUAUCCUCUGGGGAUGUUUUUUGGCCCAAAUCCUUCUUUCUGGAACCACAUGAAAGUCCUGGUGCUGCUGCUAUUCCCCCUUUAAGAGGUGACUCCGAAGCUACAGGGGACUCCAGGUCCUGUACGACUGCCUUCUUUGCAAAAGCACAACAGUCUUUCUCUCUAACCCUCCCCUCCCUCGCCCCUUCUGGUUGGGUCAUGGAGCUACGCUAUUUUCUAGGACAAAAGUUCUCAGUCGCUGUGCAAUAUGGCCUCCUGGCUCCCAGGAGGGUCUGGAGGAGAACUGGCCCUCAGAGCCUCCUGGUGCCCCAGCUUUGGGAACCAUCUCUCCUGCUGUCCCCGGGACUUUGGCUGGCUGGUCUGCCUGGCAGGUAGUCCUUGGCUGAGGGGGAGAAUGCCUCAGGUUCGGCACGACUACUUGGUACUCCUGUGGGGCUGACACUAAACGCCAAACCGUGGGCACUGUUUUUCCUCCCUGGUGCUGAGAGCACCUGUGGAGGAGGUUGCUUUCUCUCAGCAUGAUCCAAAUUGGUCUGUAGACUUGUGCAAUAUUUACUGUUCUGGGUUAGAGAAAAAUGGAAAACUACACUGGGAAGAAAUGCCCUUCCUGCAGCUUCUCAGUGACAUUGAUGAGAGGUUCUCAAAAGGCCUCGAGUUCCCCAAACCGAAUCACCUUAAGAAGGACGUAGCUAGAGCAUCUGGUCUGCUUGGCUACUCUUCUGCUAUUGCCCUUUCGUGGCAAAUCUUCCUUUCCUACUGCCCCCACCUCCACACUCCCCUCCACGUUUGCGAGUCCCCUGUCCUGGAUUUCUGAACUACCCAGUUCUGACUCAAAAAGGUGCUAUUUACCAAACACUCUCUAGAGCCAUCCCGGCCAGUUCUGCCUCCUUUUCAAAUCUCCAGAUUCUGCGCUGCCUUCCCAGGCCCUGCUUCCAGUCCUUAUUGCUUUAAAGUUAACUUUGGGCCCACAGACCCGAGAGCUGAUUUUCUGGUCUAGGGGUUGAAAAAAGCUGUGAAUCCCUGCAGAUUGUGUUCUUGCCUCUUGUCUGCAAACAGGUCCCUGCCUUUGUAGAAGCAGCCUCAUGGUCUCGUGCUUAAUCUUUUCUCUCUUCUUUUCGAUGUUCACUUUAAAAACAACCGGGAACCACACAGCUGGACUGUUGAGCAGGCCUGUCUCUCUUAUUAAGUAAAAAUAAAUAAUGGUAGUAUGUUCGUAAGCUGUUCUGACAGAAAAGACAAAGGUUACUAAUUGUAUAAUAGUGUUUUUAUGUGGAAGAAUGUGCAGCUUUAUGGACAAAUGUACAUUUUUUUGUUACUUUAAUAAAAAUGUAGCUGAUGAAGCUAUGUGGUAUAGAGAAGGUAAAAUUCCCACAUCACUAAUUUGCAUUUCCCUCUCAGAAACAAA